AUGAGUGUUUCCAAGUCUGAGCCAAUCCUCAUCGUUGGAGGCGGUGCCUUUGGCCUCUCAACAGUCGUGCACCUCCUCAGAGCGGGUUACAAAGAUAUUACCGUUCUCGACAAAGAUGAAGAGAUCCCCUCUCGGUGGUCUGCUGCGAAUGAUCUCAACAAAAUCGUGCGCGCAGAGUACGAAGACUCUCUGUAUCAAGACCUCACAGUGAAAGCGAUUGAAGCCUGGCAGACUCCCCUGUUCGCUCCGCAUUUCCACCAAGUGGGUUUUUUGCACUGUGUUUCUGGCAAAGCACCAAAAGAAGCACUUGACACGCUCAAUCGAUUCCGAGCUGCAGCUGAGCGAGACCCUCGUAUGAAAUCUCACCUUUCGCCACUUGAUACGCAGAAGGAUAUCUCAGAUGCUGUUUGGCAGUACAAAGACAGCGCGUUUCCUGGUUGGAAUGGGUACUUUAAUAGGUUUGAUGGGUACGCGCACUCAGGCAACGCGCUCAAGUCCAUUUUUCUGGCGACACGGGCCCAGGGCGUGAAGUAUAUCCUCGGGGCAGCCGGUGCUGUAUCUAAGAUUGCCUAUGAGAAGACUUCGUCUGGUCGCAAAGCAAAGGGCGUCAAAACCACUGGCGGACUGUUCUACCCUUCUAAUCUGGUCAUCGUCUCCGUUGGCGCUGCUGGUGCCAAGCUGGUACCCGAGAUUGGCAAGCAGCUAGUCGCCAAGUCAUGGUCUGUGGCUCACUUACAUCUCACAGACGACGAGACAUCUGCUCUUCGGGGCAUCCCGGUGACAUACGCGCGUGACCUUGGUUUCUUCUUCGAGCCUGAUCCCAAGACGAAUCUCCUCAAGCUAUGUCCCAUGGGCGGUGGCUUCAUCAACACUGAUCCCAAGACUGGAAUCUCGCAUGCACCUACAGAUCUGAAACAGAGUGCUUUCCUACCUGAUAGCGACGAGAAGCAGCUUCGUGAGCUUGUCCAACAGACCCUUCCUCAGUUCGCAGACAGGCCGUUCGUGAAGAAGACGCUUUGCUGGUUCGCUGAUACAGCCGACUCGGACUUUAUCAUCGACUACGUGCCUAACACGUCUUCUUCGGUGCUGUUCUUGUCUGGGGAUAGUGGUCAUGGAUUCAAGUUCUUCCCCAUUUUUGGCGGGUUUGUGAAGGAUCUGUUGCAGUCAGAGAAGGGAGAGCAACCUGAGGCAAGAUGGAGGUGGAAAAACCCUAAGACAGAUGAAGCAAAGGGUGAUUGGGGCGGUGCUGUCAGCUGGAGACUUGGUAACUCGACCGAACUUGUGGAUAUACAGCCUGUUGGUCAGACCAAGCUCUAA